GAAGACCUUUGCUAGAAUUAAAACUAUGGGCACAAUUUUGAAUUUGGAAAUUUAGUUUUUGUUUCUAAAGGUGCGCAAAAGACAAAGGUACUACUUAAAAAAAAAAAAUUGGGUGUAACUACAUUUGUAUGCCCUCCAGCUCCGAUAAACUGAAAAGUGGUACGAUUUAGGCAACCUUACCCUACAACUGAAAAACUUAAGGCCAGUCAGUCUAAACGGAAGCAACAAGUUAAAGCAGCCAUCUCCAAAGCUCGGGAGGCCGCUGAGUCUGUCAUGGAUGGCGAAAUGGCCAAGAAGGAUAAAGAUUCAAUCUUAGUAGUUGCCGGAAUCAGUAAAGAAGUUGUAGUCUCUCAGGAAUUAUCUGAGUAUUCUGAUUCAAAUUCCAGUGAUACUGAUGAGCCCAGUGUUCAGAAGACUGAAGGGAAAUUGAAUGAUCUGAAGAAUCUUAAACAAUUGCAUGCUAAGAACUCGUCUGAUGAAGAUUCUAAUUGGAAAACAGCAAAUAAAGAAGCUGAGACUUUACCACAUCCUUUCGAUAUUAUUGACAUCAACUCUAACUUAUCCAAUAAGGACAAUAAUCUAAAUGUUUCUCCAGUUGUGGAAGAAAAUUCACAGAAAAGACAUCGCUCUUUAGAUAGGGAGUCAGACUGCUCGUCACAUUCACGCACUGUUAAGGUACCAAAGAAGAAGAAGAAGAGACAUAAGAAGAAAGGAAAGCGUGACGAAUCUACAGGCUCUUCAAGUGAAAGCGAUGAAUCAGAUUCAACUGCUGUGAAAUCUAAAUCCUCCAAGAACGCUCACACAAGAAAAGCAAGAAAAAGCAUGCUCAUGGAAAACAGAAAAAGAAGGUAAAGGCUAAGAGACGGACAGUCAAGAGGAUCAUGGAUAUUUAUCCAGGAGUGAACUUCAAUUGGAGUGAACAAGAUCCAAAGGUGGUUCAACUUCAUGAAAAUAUUAAUGUAUUCGUAACACAAAAAGCCUUAAAUGAUGCCAUAUCUGCUAAGAGCGCAUCACAGUUUAUCAGACAUAUGACAGCAGAAGUCUACACUAAAGAGGCCAUUUUGAAUUCUUCGCCUCAAGGUUUUCCACCCUGAGGAAAAGGGACGGAUUUCUACAAGAAAAACCCGCCUAAGUACAGGCUUCACCCUGAUGGCUUGAAUGCUAUCAUAGAGAAAGCUCGCAGCCUUGAAAGGGACAACAAGGCCUGGAGGCCAAAGCUAACAGAACCAGCGAUGAAGUCUGUAUUUAGCUCCACGUGCUGCUGGAUCAAGAGCAAAACAAAGAUCAGCUUAAGCUCAUCUAGCUCAGAUAGUAAAGAAUCUUCAUCUUCUGACUCAACUUCAGACUCAAGUUCUAAUUAGUGAAAAAAAACUCGUGAUAAAAUGUGAUGCUCUGAUUAAAAAUUUAACCUCUAACAAGGAGUGCCUAUACCCUGGGGGUCACCGAUUUUUAUGAAACUUUGCAGAAAUGUAGAUUGGAUAUAAGAGCAAAAAAUGCUAAACGGA